AUGACAGGAAACAACAAUGUAGGAAACACCAACAAUGCAAACAAUCCAGCAGCUAACACCACCUCUCCCCCACAAAAUGGACGCCCUCCACUCCCCCCAACACUCCGUGAGCAAGACCAAUACCUGCCCAUUUCCAACAUCAUCCGCAUCAUGCGCAGCAUUCUACCCGCUCACGCCAAAAUAUCCGACGAGGCCAAGGAAACUCUUCAACAAUGCGUGUCUGAGUUCAUAAGUUUCGUCACCGAGGAAGCCAACGACAGAUGCCAAAAACAGCAUCGCAAAACCAUCACUGCUGAUGACCUUAUUGAGGCCAUGUGCCGCCUAGGCUUCGACGAUUUUGUCGGUCCUCUUUUUCGUUACCUUCAUAGGUACCGCGAGUCUCAAAGAGAGACUUACAGCGAUCCAAUAACAAGGUCAAGAUCUAUCGCUUUAGCGGCCCCUACUAUAAUGGUGAGGCCGCCAUCUAUGAUGGAUCUCGACCCUGUUUAUUAUUACCACCCUUACAUUCAGGGUAACAAUAAUAGUAAUAAUAAUAUUGCGGCUAAUGUGAAAGACGAUGGUGGGAGUGAAAGUGAUGAUAAGUUGAUGAAUAUAAUAAAUAGUAUUGACUUUGACGUUGGAGGUAGCAGCAACAAUGAUGAUAAGGGCAUGCUAGGGUUUGAGUCUUUUGAUUUUCCUGCUGUGGAUGGAUCUGCUCCUGGUAAUAGUCAGGAUAUUGCUACACUUACUAAUAAUGGUAAUGGUACUGUUGAUCAUAUUGAUGGCUAA